AUCAAAAUCUCUCUAUAUUCGCCAUGGAUACAAUAAGACUUUGGUUAAGCUAUGCAGUGUUGCUCUUUCUUACUCAGAGACAUUCAGUUUGUGCGCAAGGUGGCGGUGUCAUUGGGGGCGCAGGGAUUUUGGUUCAGAGAGCAGCGUUCUGUUUCAACAAUAACCUCCUCUAUAGAGGGUGCAAUGAGGCGUUCAGACUAAACCAAGGAGGUGAAUUCAAGGUUCCACCUGAGGAAACAGACAGGUUCUGCAACGGCCCUUGUGCCGCAGAGACGGAACUCGUGCUUGAAUGCAUUAACAACGUCAUGUCUGAUUUCGUGUUUUACAAUCGUGCUACACCGAGAGAUAUCAGGAACACUCUUCGUGGUGGCUGCAGCAACUCUUUCACUAGAGGAAACUUCAAUGUGGGAAACUAUGCUCAAGGACUCUUUUUUGGCAAAGCCGAGAAGAAGCUGCCUGGUUUUUUCAUUGGACUAGUUCUCGGUUUGGCACCGUUGAUCCUGUAAAGCAUACUUUUGUUAUUCAUUAGACUAUACAAGAGCUUGUAUGUAUAUGAUACUCCAUCUCAUUGGACUAUCAUUGUUUGUCUACAUAGGAAAAACAUGGAUUCAUUGUUACCUUUUUGAUUUUAGAGUCUGCGGCAAAGAUUUACACUUUCUCA